UAUCGGACCGCGCCCUGCAUCACCAUGGUGAACCUCUGCUGUCUCUGCUGCGGUCAACUCCCGGCUGAACCCCGCCCCCCUCCGCCCCGCCAGCCAGGAGCACCGCGGGACUCCCGCACCGCACCGCACCGCAGCAGCAGCAGCAGCAGCAGCCGUCUGCUGGACCAGAAUCUGAUGCGGGACUCAGCGGGACCCGGAAGGAGGAUGCAAACGGAGGGAAGAAGGUAAAACAGGAUGCAUGAGAGGACAUGCAAAGCGCUGCAGCAUGCUCUCCUCUGACCAGGACUCCGCGGAAGAGGCGCCCAGUGUUCUCAGUGCUGCUGAGGAAGAAGAGCAGGAGGAAGACUCACCUGCAGACAGCGAUCUUCCAGAAGUGCGGCCAGUCCAGCAGUCCCUGGGCGCCUGCGUCUGCCGGGAGUCCCACUGGCGCUGCCUGCUGCUCUCCGUCCUCAUGAUCAGUUGCCUGGCUGCGCUGGCUUGGUGUCAGCUGACACGGGUCACCAAGAUCAGCUUCACCUCCAACUUCCCCUCCACCCUGCGGGGCGGCGGACACUCCAUGAUCUACCACGACAGCCCGUGCUCGGACGGGUACGUCUACAUCCCGCUGGCCUUCCUGUUGCUGCUCUACGGGUUGUAUAUGGUGGAGUGCUGGCACUGCUUGGCCCGGAACCAGCUGCAGUCCAAAGCGGACGUGGACAGCGUGUACGAGCGCGUGCUACGCAUGCGACAGGCAAGGCCUAGCAUAUGGUGGAAGGCCAUCAGCUACCACUUCGUCAGACGGACGAGGCAGGUGACAAGGUACCGCAAUGGGGAUGCCUAUACCACCACGCAGGUGUACCACGAGCGGGUCAACACCCACGUGGCAGAAGGGGAGUUUGACUACACCCACUGUGGGAUGAAAGACGUGUCGCGGGAACUUACGGGCCUGGAGGGUCACCCCACGACCCGCCUGCGCUUCACCAAGUGCUUCAGCUUCACGGAGGCCGGUCCAGAGAACGACUACCUCAACCAGAGGUCCCGGUUCUUCUCCGAAACAGAAGGUCUGGACGACUACAUGGAAGCUCGGGAGGGAAUGCAGCUGAGGAACGUGGACUUCCGGGACAACAUGAUUGCCUGCGUUGACCCGGACCGGAUGCCGUGGUACACGUCUCGGGGGGCCUUCUGGUUGGCGGCACUGCUCAUGCUCUCCUGGCCUCACAGAGUCUUCAUUGAGUAUCGAACGGCGUACGUCCAUUACAGGGUGGAGAAGUUGUUUGGGUUGGAGUACAUCUGCAGCAGUCCGUCCCCGCUAAACGAAGUUAGCUGCGGUAUUCCCAGAGUGGACACCCUGGAUAGCACGGAGAUGGAGUGGCACAUUCGCUGCAACCGCCAGCUCAUCCCCAGCUACUCGGAGGCCAUGCUCAUCAGCGCCAACACCGCGACCUCCGCCUUCUCCACCCGCUUCUUGUUGGACCCCGGAGCGCCCCAGAACCGGGACGAUGGUUCAGGAGGUAGGAGGAGGACGGUCGCCAGCUCCAGCUGCUCCUCAGGGUUCUCCUGCCACGGAGCGCUGCUGCUGUCCCGCCUCUCCUCCGACACGUCCCACGUGUCGCUGUGCCGCAUGUACGGCUCCCGUCGCACCGUGGCUCCGUGGAGGAGCCGCAGCAGCAGCUUGUCGGACCCCUGCUGCCUGGACGAGCAGUGCUGCAGGUCCGACUCCAGCCAGCUGGCGCUCAGCGAAAGUCCGCCGACCUACAGGGACGCCCGAUUCUUCCCAGCUCUCAUCGUCCACUGGUCUGAUUCCGGGGAGGACAGAAGGCGGUAUUACAUCAGGAGAGGGUCAUCAUGUGUGGAGACGGCGUUGUAGACAAACUGGAACCAAAAGUUAAAGUGUAACUAACUCCUUUGUGAAAGUUUAGCUUCGAAGCCAUGAAGCCUCCCUUCAUUUGGCGAGUCCAAAUGAAGGGAGGAGCUGAGGGGGGAUCUAAACGAGGGAAAGAAUUGUUGACGACUUACUGACUUUGCCACUAUAUCUUAUGUUUUAGAAACUUUAAUGGUGACAACAAACUAGCUAAGUUUAUACUAAACACUUGUCAACGUUCAAAAAACAAAGAAAUCAUCGCCGUCUACAGUCAAAGCAGAGAGGAGACCUAUUUCAGUCUGAAUCCACAUUGGAAAUGAAUCAGACAUGCGUGUUAUUAGAAACACCACCGAUCAAUGGUCGCCGCAACCCCAGCCCCUGACUCGCCACCAGGGGGCGUAUGUCUGACUGUGAUAGUUUUAUGGGUUUGUGCGACAAUUGUUGGUUACAACAAUUUUCCGAUUGUUGUAACCAAUAGGAAAAUAGACUGCAGUAGCUGCUGUUGAACCCACGAGGGCAGCACUGAGACAGUUUUAAGGAAAAAUAUUGCAAAAUUAAAUACAUUUUCACAAAAAUGUCAGAAAAAUUGCAUAGAAACGUACAGAUAGCACCCUUAAGGAGCAAUCUGUACAGUUUAUCAGCAACAAAUAGCUGACUGGGGGGUUAGUUACUCUUUAAGGUGCUGGUUGUUGGAUUUGCAUCACUUUUACUGAGAAAAACCUGAAAACUAAGGCAAGAAUUUCUAUGCACACCAAAUGCAACAAAUUCUCUCCUCGUGCACAGAGAAAUCCUCAGCAUUGAUAAAAUCAGAACAAUCCUGCAGAAAAACUUGUUGGAGGGUGUGAAUACUUCUGUCAGCGAUGGAUCCUUGAAAUGUUGCUACAUUAACAGAGGAACAGCACUGAGCUGCAUCCAACUGUGUUUGUUCUCCAUGAAAAUGUCUGCAGGCGCAGGAACCUCUCUUGUCCCGCUAAUGUGUCACUCUGCAUGAUCCUCCUUUAUCAGCAUGACUCAGUUCAGUUCAACAGUUUGUAACUUUCUCUGUUCUGCAGACAAACUUAAGAAAAUAUUAAAAACACUCAAACAAC